AUCAACUAUAAAAGCUCUUGUGCCUCCAUCUUUUAACUUUUGAUUUUCUCUAACCUCUCAGGCAAUAAACGGAUGAAUCAACCGUUUCGAGAUGCACACCCCUACGCCUUCAUGCUUCAUAAAUUAAUCAAACUUUUUCUGCACAAAUCUCUACAUCUACAUAGAUUAUUAAGCAACAACAACAUCCAGUGAAAGAAAACAGAGAGAUUGCUCAUGAAGAAGCAAAGAGGAGCCUUUAGAAGAAGAUCUGAUCUGUUUGAAGCGUUACCUGAUGAUAUUGUUAUAUCUAUCCUCUACAAGCUCAGUUCUACAGCCUCUUCUCCGUCUGAUUUCGUCGCUGUUCUUCUUACAUGUAAGCGGUUGAAUAAUUUAGGCCUACAUCCUCUAGUUGUAUCGAAAUCGUGUUCGAAAGCGCUUGCUGUAAGAGCUAAAAACUGGUGCGAGGAGGCUCACCGGUUUUUGAAACUAUGCGUCAACGCCGGCAACACGGAGGCAUAUUAUAUGCUUGGAAUGAUCCGCUUUUAUUGCUUGCAAAAUCGAGGAAGUGGAGCGUCGUUGAUGGCGAAGGCGGCGAUUAAAUCACACGCUCCGGCACUGUACUCACUAGCUCUGAUUCAGUUCAACGGCAGUGGAGGGUUGAAGAACGACAAGGACCUCCGCGCCGGAGUUGCGCUGUGUGCUAGAGCAGCCUUCCUUGGCCACAUCGACGCUCUCCGGGAACUCGGCCACUGCCUCCAAGACGGUUACGGCGUCCGUAAGAACAUCACCGAAGGCCGUCGUUUACUCGUGCAAGCCAACGCGCGCGAACUCGCAUCUGUCCUACGCGUCUUCAACAACUCACCAUCUCCGCCAUCGUCGGGGUGGCAGUUCCAUAACCACCAACAACCACGUCCUACUCCACCUCCAUCAUAUCAAACCGGAGCUCCGAAUCCUCCUACGAAUCCGUCCGAUUUCGACAUCCAGUUGUUUAGUGACUACGGGUUCAACCUAACCGGUCGAGAAUUGCACCCAGCAAACCGGUUCCUGGUUGAGUGGUUCGGGUCGAGAGAAGACAGGUUUCCGGGUUUGGGUAUACGGAUAUGCUCCUACAAGGGUUGCGGGCGACCCGAGACCCGAAAAAACGAGUUUCGAAGAUGUUCCGGUUGUGGGAAAGUGAACUAUUGUUCGCGUGGAUGUCAAGCGCAUGACUGGAGGGUGCACCAUAAGGUGGAGUGCGCACCCAUGGAGGAGUGGGUGGGUCAUGCCAUUGAUGACGUGGAUGAAGAAGAAGAAGAUAACAUGAACGGCGAUGAUGACGUGGUUGAUAAUGAUCCAACGGUUGAGAUUAACGAAGGCGAAGUUGAUGGGAUCCAGAUCUGAAUGUGUGUACUCUUUCUUUUAGGGAG